UGGAAAAGCUUGAAAACAUUGCAAAUCAUCCUUAUUGUAAGCUUGAAAAGUAGGUCUUGAAUUUUGAAUAUAAAAAUUAAAUUUAAAUCAAACAGGUGUUGUUGAAGUGGUUAGACUUGUAAAAAUUUAUGAACUUAGGCCAUAGUUUAAAUAGGGGUCCCAAAAUAGGCUAUUUAUGUACUUCCCCCGAUUUUAUGUGGCGCCAACGGACAGUCAAUCCAUAAGAAUUCCAAUGUCUCAUUCGCUAGCUGCGGUGGCUCUGCCGCGUUUCGCCACCGUUCUCACGGCGGCGAAGCAGCCACGACUCAGACCAAACCCUAAACCCCAGAAUGGUAAGCAAAAGAUAACCACCACCAAUCCCAGCAGGAAAACAACGUCAGGCUUUAACAGCAGGAAUAAAGAACUCACGUGGCAGUGCAUCCAGAACUGUGGCGCAUGCUGUAAACUUGAUAAAGGCCCAAACUUUCCUUCCCCUGAAGAAAUUUUUGAUGACCCUUCUGAUAUUGAGUUAUUUGAAAGCAUGGUGGGUUCUGAUGGAUGGUGCAUACAUUUUGAGAAGAGCACAAGAAAAUGCUCCAUUUAUGCAGAUCGUCCAUAUUUUUGUCGGGUGGAACCUGCCAUCUUCGAGACACUGUACGGGAUUGAAACGAAAAAGUUCAACAAGGAAGCUUGCAGUUCUUGCGUAGACACGAUUAAAGCGAUAUAUGGAUCAAGCUCGAAGGAGUUGGAGAAUUACAAUGCUGCAGUAUGGAGUUCAACUUAGUUCCACAUUCCUUUCUCUGAGGUGAAUCGUUUUGAUUGUUUUUCCUGUCAAUCAAGUUGGUGGCGUUUGCAGCCUGUUGCAGUGGCUAAGCAGAUUUGAUGAAUCGUCGUAGUUGUCAGAUGAUAUAUAAUGUUCUAUCACGAACAGUUCUAUGCAUGCAGAAUGAACUGGUGCUGCUGCAACUGAAUUUGGAACACUUAAAAUCUGACGGGGAAGCACAAAUCAAAGACUUGGGAUCUUUUGGUUGGAAGAUGUAGUUACUAAUUUAUUGUAAAGUGAGAAAUAUGGACUGUAGUUAGUGAAUUAUUACCUGAUAAUCUUCUCUAAAUAAUUAGAAUACACUGAUACAUUAGCUUCUAUGAGUAGACACUUAUGUUUUCUAAUGUCAGAUUUCAUUGUAUGGCUUAUCUUCACCAGAAUAUGUGGGAGGAGACAUGAUCAUGUUUCCUUUGUAUCAUAAAAAUUCAGUUUAUUCAUCUUUGUAUUCUUUAUACAUCUACAUUGCUGCUA